AUGGAUGCAAGAAGUGCAGAGGCAGCUUGUGUCAUGCGCAAAAGCAAAGGUUUCGUCCUAGUUGACUCCAAGAUGGAUAGAAGUUGGGUGCAUGCAAGACUGUUUUCUCAAGAUUACAUCAAUGGUGUCAAAGAAUUUAUGAGCUUCAUUCGUGGGAAAUUUGGAGAGGAUGAAGAAAUUUUAUGCCCAUGCAGUAGAUGUCUUAAUCAGAAGUACCAGCAUCAAGCUCUUGUGGAGAGGCAUAUAUUGAUGAAUGGCAUGCAAAGUACAUACACUCGAUGGAUUCAUCAUGGAGAGAACUUUGAUGUCUAUGCUAAUGAGCAUUCUGUUGAGGUGCAUGAAUAUGAUUCUUUACAAGAGUUGGGUAUGAAUGAGCACGACAACUAUAGUGAUGGUAAUUUGAAUGAGUUGUUACAAGACUUACACAACGCAGAGAAAGAUAAAGAAGAUGGUGAAAAUGAGAAUGAUGCAGAACCUAGUAACAAUGGGUCAUUUUUCAAAAUAGUGAUGAAAGAGGCCAAGCGUCAGCUUUAUCCAGAAUGCAAUACACUCCCUAAAUCAUAUUAUGAAGCAAAGACUCUUUUAAAGGAAUUAGGUCUUGGGUAUGAAUCAAUACAUGUGUGCUACAACAAUUGUGUGCUCUUCAGAAAGAAAUAUGCCAAGCUUGACAAUUGCCUUGUUUGUGGUCUCUCAAGAUGGGUUGAUGCUGAAAGAAAGAAGAUCCCACAGAAAGUGUUAUGGCAUUUUCCUUUGAUACCUAGGCUACAAAGGAUGUUUGUGAACAAAGAAGCAGCAGAACAAGCACAGUGGCACAAGCUAAAGCGAAAUCCUAAGGAGAAGGAAAUGAGUCACCCUGCUGAUGGUGAGGCAUGGCAAGAUUUUGACAGAGAAUAUCCAGAUUUUGCAAAAGAUGCUAGAAACCUUAGACUUGGACUAGCUACUGAUGGAUUUAACCCUUUUUCAGAAAAGAACACCAAAUACAGCAUGUGGCCUGUACUUGUUGUGCCAUAUAACCUUCCACCUUGGAUGUGUAUGGAUGAGACAAAUUUCAUCAUGGCUUUGCUUAUUCCUGGUCCUGCAUCACCUGGAAAUGACUUUGAUGUAUUUUUAGAACCUCUUAUAGAAGAUUUACUUGAGCUUUGGACAGGGCGUACAACAAAAGGCUAUUUUGCAUGUAUUCAUUGUGACAAGCACCCUCUUUCAUACAGAUUGAGGAGAAAAAUUGGUUAUUUUGGGCAUUUUCGUUUCCUUCCAAUGGGACAUCACUUGCGUAGAAAUAAUGAAUUUGUUGGUCUUCAUGAAAGCAAUGAUCCGCCAAGUAAAUUCUCUAUAGAAGAGUUGAUGGCUGAACUAGAGAGAGUUAAACAUGUUAGGCCUGGGAAGCAACAAGGAAAUAGGAAAAGAAAGCAUUCUGAUAUGGACAAGGAUGAGGUGGUAGUUUGGAGUCGGAUGGUUAGUUUAUGGAAGUUACCAUAUUGGAAAAAUUUGAAACUGAGACAUAAUCUUGAUGUCAUGCAUAUUGAGAAAAAUAUAUGUGAGAACUUGAUUGGGACAAUUCUCAAUAUACCUGGGAAGAUAAAGGACACAGUUAAAGCUAGGCUUGAUCUGAAAGAUUUGGGUAUUCGAAAGGAGCUACAAUUUAGAGAGCAUGGAGAUUCAUAUGAGAUGCCUCAUGCAAGAUACACCUUGUCCACAGAACAAAAGAAGACAUUUUGUGAUUUUUUACGAGAGGUGAAGUUUCCAGAUGGAUUUGCCUCCAACAUAUCAAGAUGUGUAAAUGCUGAGGGAACCAGGUUACAAGGGCUCAAAACACAUGAUUGUCAUAUUCUUCUACAAAGAAUAUUACCAGCUGCCAUGAGAGGAUUUUUGGACAGGGAUAUUUAUGAGGCUCUAGCUGAGUUGGGCAAAUUUUUUAGGGACUUGUGCAGCAGAAUUCUUAACAAGGAUGUGUUGGCUGAAAUGAAGAAAGAAAUCCCAAUAUUUUUGGUAAAACAUGAGAAAAUAUUUCCCCCGGCUUUCUUUGAUGUGAUGGUACACCUAGCUGUACAUCUACCUGAUGAGGCAUUGCUGCGAGGUCCUGUGCAAUAUGGUUGGAUGUACCCAAUUGAAAGGCGGUUGUAUACUUUGAAGCGCUAUGUGAGGAAUAGGGCACGACUAGAAGGCUCAAUUGCCGAGGCUUAUAUUGCAGAUGAGUGCUUGACAUUUUGCUCUAAAUACAUGGACGAUGUAGAAACAAGAUUUAAUCAGGAAUCAAGAAAUAAAGGGUUCUCUAAUGAGGAAGCCUACAAUGUUGAUGUUUUUGGACAUGGAGUUAGUUUCACCUCUGCUUGUGAACUAGUGUAUGAUGAUAGUGCCAUUGAUCAAAUGGUAUGGUAUGUUCUGAACAAUUGUAGUCAGGUUGACAAAUAUGUGAGAAUAUUCAGAGAUGAAUUAGAGAGGGAAGGGCUGCCUAACAUUGAAAGAACUUUGCAGCAGGGAUUCCAGACUUGGUUCAGGAACCAUAUCCUGAAGUUGCGGAAUAUAAAUCAAGAAGAGGUUGAUGAUGAUCUAUUUUCCUUGGCUUGUGGUCCUGAUUUCAGAGUUAGAAAAUACUCCUCAUGCAUAGUAAAUGGAGUGUGGUUUAACACUGUUGAUCGUGACAAACAUCGAAAGACACAAAAUAGUGGAGUAAUGACACCAGGUACACAUAAAGGUCAGGAAAUUGAUUUUUUUGGAACCUUAAGAGAGAUCAUUCAGUUAAAUUAUAAUUUUGAUGAUAGAUCUGUUGUUUUAUUUAAAUGUGGCUGGUUUAAAUUGGACGGGAAGAGGACUGAACUUAAAGAUGAUGGCUUUUUUAAAAGCAUUAAUUUUGAAAGUCUAUGGUACAAAAAUGAUCCCUAUAUUCUGGCCACUCAAGCAAGGAAGGUCUUCUAUUUGGCAGACACAAAAUUGGGUAAAAGUUGGCAUGUUGUUCAGACGUUUGAGCAUAGGCAUCUUUAUAAUGUGAGUGAAAAUGAAGCUACACAACAUAAUGCUCCUGCACAUCAAGAAGAUGAGUGUUGUGAAGAUAAUGGUAUCCGGCAAAGGGUUUCUGACAUUGUAUAUGAGAAGCCUUUAAGUAGAGAUGAUGAACAAGGUCUUACUAUUGAAGCUACUGAAAUGGAAAAAUUGCUAAAAGGAAAAUAUCAAGAAGUGCAUGAGAGUGAUAGUGAAGAAGAAGAUGUCAUGAUUGUUGAGUACUGCGGUGAUGCCGAAGAAGGUGUCACAAAUGAGGUUGACAGUGAUGACAAAUAG